GUCUUAUUUUUGGGAGCCCGAGCAGGUUCACUCCUCUAAGCGUUCAUUUGAUUGCUCCUUAAUGGCCGCAUCGGACGGAACAUUCGUCCAAAUGGUUGACGGCUUUUACGAGAGCCGGCCGCUGUCUUUCAUGAGAUGAAACAUCACUUUGUUUGCCAGGCCCUUCAGCAAAUUCACAUUUUAGGAACCAAUCGUUGAUCCAGAUGUCCAUGAGGUGGUGCCGACUCACAGGCCGGACGUGAAGCUUGACCCAAACAAAUAUAUUUGCACUAUUUCGGAAUCUACAAUCCGUGAAAUUUGUUACACCGCCCUGUGGGCUUUAUGAUUGGGCUGAGGGCUUUAAAUCCACAAUGCUCUCAGGGUUGUUCCCAGAGAGAAAACUUUCAUGAAAAUGGCCACAGCUGAGGAACUUAAUCAAUAAAUAUGUCGGGAUAUUGCCGCAAGCUCCAAGCAAAACAAAACUCGACUUGCUUGGACAAGCCAGCCUGACUUCUGACGUCACAUUGUUUACUAAUUCCUUCUUGGACAUGAAAUGGUAGUGAAAGUCAUCGGGGUGACUCGCUGUCAAGGAUUCGAUAUCCUAGUGACCCCACAAGGUGGACAACCGUGGAAAAACAAACAAAAAGGAUACAGCAAGUAGAUAAAUGCUUCGGGAGUUGGAGAGAACCACACUGCCUCCUUGUGUGGGCUUUGUGAAUUGCAGCCUGUUUAUGCAGUUAUACAACAAUGCUUUGCAUAUGUAAGAAAACAAAAAUCCCGAUUCAUGAAUUAAUCGUUGUUUCCAUUCUUUCUCUUCAUUGCUGCAGCUGUCGUGUUUGCAGGCUGGGCCUUUUUUGAAAAUCAAAUUCCCCGACCCGGUGAGUGUACGUACGGCCAUGCAAAUAAGAACCCUUGUGGUGUUUUUCCAUCACCUCUUCAGGUUUUCAUCCUUGGUCAUGGAAAAUGAUGGAGUUUGUCUUGGACUGUGACAGGAGGGUCACCUGGCAAUUAAUUGCAAUGUGGCCGUGUAGGACUUACGCACCCAGAAAGUUCGCAGAAAUGGGAUUUCUGAGGUACCAGUCGGAGCUCCUGAGCCCGAUCGUCCUCGAAGAGAAGCAGACAAGGAGGGAUAACCCGUCGUCACCAACCAAAACUUUGCAUCGGCAUUUGCAUAACUUCCAUUCACGCUGCCAAGGAGAAUUUGGGCUUUGCUCAACCACCUGUCUCGACGUUGUCCAGACAAUCACAGGUGGAUGGCCAUUAAGUGACUUUCCCCACGUUUACGGCGGCCAUGUGGAAAACGAGACGCAUUUCACUCCCCGGUGGAUUAUGUUGCUUCCUCAAGGACCCGCUGGAGGACGUGGAUUCUUGGAGCGAGUCGGUGGACAAUGUCCUCACUUGUAAAACCGCUCUGUUAGCUUUCCGAGAGUUCUUACGCUCAGAACACAGCGAGGAGAACAUCUUGUUCUGGAUGGCGUGUGAGGAGUAUAAAAGAAUUAAGAACGUGCCAGAGAUGAUCUCCUCGGCCAACAGGAUCUACUCGGAGUUUGUUCAAACGGAAGCACCUAAGCAGAUCAACAUCGACGGCGGGACCCGGGAAAAAAUCACAUCCAACAUCUCGCAACCGACGUCGACUUCAUUCGACUCGGCCCAGAAGCUCAUCUACUCGCUGAUGGCCAGAGAUUGCUACCCACGCUUCCUCAAGUCGGACAUCUACCGAGGACUCCAAAGGAGAGCUGACGUAAGGUGACCGAUUUCGAGCAAAAAUGGCCUUCUUCUCGCUGUGGGUGUCUGAAAUGUUCCUGAGGUUUUCUUCCUGUAGACGGUUUUCAGCUUGCAUAACACACACCGAAUUCUUUGUUACAUAACACGGAGGAAGGAAUUUUACCUCCUCUCGGAUCGACAAGGUAAUUUGUUGAUACCACAAAGGGGAACUUUUAUUUUACAGCCGGUUCUGCUUUCUUUUUUUGUUCUCUUUUGAUGAGUCCAAUAAGAAAAAUUGGACACAAUGCAUAUGAAGGCCAUAUUUGAUUUCAACAAUGUCUUAGCAUGAGCAAGUGUGACAAUCAGCACAUACAAAUAAAGACGCCUGAAAGUUUUUGCCGUGUAUGUGAUUGUCCGAAAAGAACGUCACCGUCGAGACGUGUUGUCGCUUUAUCUCCACCAGCUGGAUCUGAAUCCUUCUCGUUUCAGUUUUAAGACGUGACACGAGUCAUGUGACCUCAAUUAGACAUUUUCCAAAACAGGCCCAUCAAAUAUGUUCUCUGUGCAGCAAACAUUUGCCUAUUUGCUUUCCACCGCCAGAUUUGCAUCUCCAGACGUGACAUCAAACAUCUCAGUCACGACGUAGCGUCCUAGUUGCAUUUGCGUAAUUCUCAACUUCCUCUUUUACUUGCGGUCGGCGCAAAAUGACACCGUGACGCUCGCAGCUGACUUCUGCUGCCCGUAUAAAAAGUGGACAGAUGAACGAAAAAGUGUGAAACUUAUUUGGAGCUGCUCGACGCCGGCCCGUACAUGCGUUCCUCAUCAAGUACAUGCCACAUGUCGAGUCCGGUCACCUCAUCGACGAGAGGGCACAGCAUGGACACGGACAAAAAAAAACAAGCAGCUAAGAGGGAAGAAAGCCUCAAGUCUCGACUGCAGCGCAAAUCAUUUCAAAG